AAACUCAGGGUACCAGGGGCCACUGGUCUUGGCAGUACAAACCUUCAGUUCUUUUUUGCCUCAGAUUAAUAUAAAAAGAGUAUAGGGCAACAGUUGUAGUUCAUUUGAAGGGUGAUGUAAAGUCAGAUGCAGGAGAUAGUAUGUACUGUGUCACUGCCACCAUUCUGUCUUACCCUUGUUCCCAGGCUCUCCUCUCCAUGCACAAUUUGACCUUAGAACCCCUUCUAUACUCAUACAUUAAAACUGUGUGCGGAGAUGGAGAACAUGCAAGGCUAAUUUUGUCUAGUCAUUUAGACUAUGCCAUGGAAGGCAGAGGUGAAUGUAUUGCUCCAGUACGUGAGACACUUAGCUACACCUUUCCUUACAUCGAAGCAGUAUGAUUCUAUAAGUCCCUAAACAGUAGAUAUCAACAUCACUAGGAAUGAGAG